AGAACCUGGCAGAUAAUCAUUGGGCUAAAACCUAGCACCUUCACUCUUGUGCUUUCGGAAGCAGAUGAAGACCUGGCUUUUCGAGAAUUACUUGAUGUUGGCAGCUGUUUUAAUCCAUUUUUGAAGUUUGAACAAUUUUUGACCGUGGGCAUUGACGUUGUUCCAGCUGUUGAGAGCAUCUACAAAUGUGACUUCUUAAAUCUUCAGAUUCGGCAACCUCUUCAGCUUGCACAAGAUGCCAUAGAUGCUUUUUUGAAACAGCUAAAAAAUCCUAUUGAUUUCCUGCCUGGAUAAUUGUUCCAUGUUGUGGUCUUCUCCCUUCUCCUUUCUUACUUCUCUUCACCCUAUCAACAAUGGAUAUGUUGCAAAAAGACUCAUGAACCUCUUGUAUAAAAUGGAUUGCUGCUUAUUAUCACUCCUGACUCUUCCCAUCAGAAUCUUCAUGCUGUGAUGAUGAAAAGCUGGAAAAUUGCUAUAGAAUCCUUGGACUUUAAACUUUUCAAGUAUUUGAAGUUUUCUCAUAUGCAUCUGACAGCAUUUAGGAAGAUCUCACUUAAAACAACAAGUGACUUGGUGAGUAGGAACUACCCAGGGAUGUUGUACGUCCCCCAGGAUUUCAAUAGUAUAGAAGAGGAGGAUUUUUCUAAUAAUUCCUGCUAUAUCCGAUCAGAUGCUGAAGAUAAACACUUCAUGGAGCUUCCAGAUGCUCCUUAUGACUUGGUCUCUGGGGAAAGCCAGACCAUCUCUAUUCCUUUUUAUGAGCUAGAAGAUCCUUUAUUGCUUCUAAGUUAAUGUAACAAAAUCUGCUUCACGUUCAAACUACCUUUACUGUAAAACUAAUUUUGCUAUACUGACAUCUGCUCUGCACAUAAAGCAUUUACCAAAAGGAAAUGCAAAAAUUUUUGAGAGCCAUCACUAUUUUUUUCUACUUGUGAAUUUUAAAAUUCUUAUAUUGAAAAAUUGAAGUGCAUGUUUUACGCAGAAUGGCUCACGUCCAUAGCAUAAACAGGGUUUACUUUAAUAUUUGUAUUGGUAAAACACUCCAGAAAGGUACAAUUCCCCUCCACCCUCCAGUGCUGUGAACUGUAAUUUUGCAAAAUAUGCUGAUGUGUCUUGGUUUGAUAUUUUUAAUCUCUAGAUAUGAUUUUGGAGGGUCACAUUAGCAUUUCUUAGAGGUUUGCACAGAACAAUAUAGUAUGCACUAUCCAUUAAAUGUCUAAGAAAGAUGUUUCAGAAGCUUGGUUAGCAUUUGAUUUGAACAAAAACAUACAUAGAAAGUUUUGGUUGAGUCAGUCCUGAUAUGGUGAAAUGAAAAUAUUUGCAACUUGGUUUUACUUGUUUUUAAUACUGCAGUUAGAGUGUUUUGGCAAAAUAUUAGAUCCUCUUGCCCCUGCUGCUAUUGGAAUGAUAUGUAACACACACAUAUACAACAAUAGACUUAUAAUAGUUUUUUUGUUAACCUCAGAGCUAGAAUAUUGGCAUUUUUAUGAUUACACUAGCAUCAUUACCCACACUACAGUCUUUCACAGUAUAUUAUGUCACAAAGUAUUUUGCAUUAAAGUACUUCAGUACAAAGCUAUAUAACAGUCACUUCCAGAAGUUUUUAAUUGCAUGAAGUCAACAAAGUAUUGAAUUGGGUCUUAUAAUAAUACUGCAUAUAUUUAUUAACAUUUUUGUUUGUAAGUUGGCCCCUCAACUAUGAAUGAAAACAAAUACAAGGCACUCUAAUAUUUUGGAGAACCAGAUAGCUUAUCUGCGUUACUUUUUUUAAAAAAAGUUUGAAGUUUGCAAGCUAAGAAACUGGUUUCUUUGGUAGACAGAAAAACAAACUAUAAUUUGUCUUCACAUGUUUAAUCUGUGGUGGAACAGUCCCUUUUUAAACAAAAUUUGUUUUAAUAACUGCACCAACAUUUUUUAACUGCACCAGAAUUUUUGAACUCCCCUAGUUAGCUUCCAUGUGCAAGUUUCAGAAUAAAGGCAUUUGUAUUUGCAUGUCUAAAUGUGGGCUCAGAGUGGUACAUGUUGGUAAAUAUAUUUUACCACAGUGUUGUGAAUCCUUUACUAGAGGAAUAACCUUUUCCCCCCAAUAGCACUAAUGUAAGCACCUUUUUCAGCAAUUUCCACCCCUCCCCCAGAACUAAUUGUGGGUACUUUUUAAAAGAGGCUUCUUACAACGCUUGUUACAGUUAUUACUGGGAUCUCACUAGAAAGUGCAGCUUUGAAGGCAACUGUGGGUCUGGAAGAUUGCAAGAGUUCAUGACAUGGAAAAAAUCCAGGUCAAUGCAAGAAAGAAGGGGUACCACAAAAAUUUGCAUUUGUGUUUUCAUUAAGUUUUUUGUGAGACCACAUUAAAUGAAAGUACACAAAGAG